UCCCGCUGGGGAGGGAAGACAGCGCGCAGCGAGCAGGGGAACAUUCACCCAACAAACCCUGAGCCCGGUUCUUUUUAUUUUUUUAUUGGGAGGAGGACAACCGGGAGGGAAGCCAUUGAUUACCAGUGCGGGAUUUAUUCCGGGGAAAAAAACAAACAAGCGAGCGAAGAGAGAAAACUUCCAGGAAUGACCGGGCUUCUGUGAGCCUGACAACCCGGAGAAUCGAGUUUGCUGAGAGGAGGAAGAAGAGGAGGAGGAAGAAGAAGUGCUCUCCUCUCCUCAUAUUUCAGUGGCGCACAGGGACUGAACUCUGUGGACCACCGAUCAUCUGUGGACUUUGACUCUGCGCCUCCAAACACUGUUCUCCUCCCGACGCACUGUCAUUAUUUAAAGCGACGUUUUAAGAGCCAGGGAGCAGUUCCUCAGAUCUCGCUGCGAUGGGGGAGCAGCCAAUCUUCACCACUAGGGCCCACGUCUUCCAAAUCGACCCGACCACCAAGAAGAACUGGGUUCCUGCCAGCAAGCAGGCUGUCACUGUCUCCUAUUUUUACGACAGCACACGCAACAGCUACCGCAUCAUCAGUGUGGAUGGAUCCAAGGUGAUCAUCAACAGCACCAUCACACCCAACAUGACGUUCACCAAGACAUCGCAGAAGUUUGGCCAAUGGGCCGACAGCAGGGCCAACACCGUGUUUGGACUGGGCUUCGCUUCAGAGCAGCAGCUGAGCAAGUUUGCUGAGAAGUUCCAGGAGGUGAAAGAAGCGGCCAAGUUAGCGAGGGAUAAAUCUCAAGAGAAGGUGGAUACAUUGAGUAAUAACUCCCAGGAUUCUGGACCUGAGACGCCCUCCGCCAACCAGGCGUCCAGCAUCAAUGGGACAGAUGAUGAGAAAAUCUUUCAUGUCGGUCCAGAGGCUGCCCUGCUGCAGACCGAGAACGAUCAGCUCAAGAGUGCAGUAGAGCAGAGCAACACCAACGCCAAAAAGUGGGAAACAGAGCUGCAGACUUUAAGAGAGAAUAAUGCCAGGCUGGUGGACGCACUCCAGGAGUCUUCAGCUAACGUGGAGAGCUGGAAAAAACAACUUAGCACCUGCAAGGAAGAGAGUGACACGCUCAGGGAAAAGAUUGCAGAACUAGAAGCCCAAUGUAACGAAGCCAAUCAGGAGAAGCAGAAAAACGCCCAACUGAGUGUACGAGUGCAGGAGCUGGAGGCUGAGCUACAGGACAAAGAGCAGGAGCUGGAGAACCUGAGGAAGCAGGCAGAGAUCAUCCCUCAGCUCAUGGCAGAGUGCGAGAGCAUCACUGAAAAACUGCAGGCUGCAGAGACGAAGAAUAAGGAACUGGUGGGGAGUAUAGAGGGUCUUCAAAUGGACAUAGACGACAGUCAACAAAAACAGGGCAGCAUGAAGGGCGAGCUGAAGAAGUUCAUGGAUAUUCUGGAUGGAAAGAUAGACGAGCUGCACGAGGUCAGGCAGGGACUCUCCAAGCUCGGCGUUGAUAAUUGAGAAAAGUGGCACAGAGCGGAAAGGGUCAGAGGUCAGGUACGAAAGAUUCACUGCAGUACGUCUUCAGGGCAGAAACUAUGUGGCACUUCCUCCCCCACCAAGGUGACGUCCACUCAGAAACUAUCGGCUUUGGCUUCUAAUAAACACUACCAUGUGAGAAAGAUGUUUUUGAGGAGAGAGACUGGCAGCGUGAAGGCCGGCAUGCAACAUUCUGUGCUGGCGUUCAGAAACUAAAUCAAGAGUCACACUUUGAGCUAACUUAUUCGUUUCUGUGGGGGGGGGGGCUUUAAGAAGCUGGUGGAGGGUUCUUAGACUCUGUGUUUUUUCUUCUACACUGGCAGUCGGAGCUUAGAGCAGAGGAGGGGACUUAAAGGGCUAAAAAUGAACAACACACAAAGACAAUGAUGUUCUGCAUCACUGCUGUUAUAAUUGGUAUUAAUCCUUGUGCCCCCCCUCAGAGAAUUAGACAUGAAAUCUUUUACGGACUGUCCUCGCUGUUGCCUCUCGUCUAUCUCAGGUGUGUUAGAAGACAAAUUGUACUCAUGAGAUGAUAUGCACAAAUAUAAAUAUAUAUAAAUACACAAUGGCCGUGACACAAAGUGCCUCCAGGUGAGUGUGAAUCCACCUGGCGAGGAGAAAUGGCCAAAGUGAUGACCAUCACCAUAAUAAUAAAACAAUAAAAAACCAACCUCACCAAUAAAGAGAUGAAAAGAAAACACAGGCAGACGAGCCCCAUCCCGAGGAUGUCGGGGUCGUGGAUGGAUGUUAAUCCGUCAAUUAAUGAAAUCAAACGACAAAACAGGUGUUUGCACAAAAACCUCGUCUGAGCUGCAGGAAUCCAUCAUGUUUUCAUAAAGACGGAAAUCUCUCUGGUUUCAGGAGCUUUUCUUCAGACAAAUCCAAAUCUAAUUGUAGGAACCCGUCCUGCCAUGAGUGUAGUGUAGUGUUUUAAGGACUUUGUGUGUGCAAUAGUAUUGUUGUCCAUUUGUAGAACAAAGAUCUUUGUCUCCAAGGUUGUUGAUGUGCUUCCUACACACUAGGUUUUGUUAUGGUGGUGGUUAUAUCUGGGUGAGGGGACUUGGUGUUGCUCGACUGGGUGAACAUUUAGACGGCGUGGGCCUUUUCACUAAACCCCGUCAAGAUUCUUGUUUUGUUUUACAUAUUUAUUUAUUUUUGGUGCCUCUCUGCAACUAGUGUUUCUAGAACAUACCAAGUAAGUGAACGUUUCCUGAACCCAACGUCUCCACUCAUGUAUAAUAUUAGAGGAAAUAUACGAACUGAUCCAGUGGAGGAUUCAAGUGUCACAGCUGCUUUUGGGACGUUCAUCUUGAAACACGGUGCAUAUGAAAUCAAAAGCACAAGUUGUGGUGACAUAUUUAAAACUGGGUAAUACUAUGAUGUUAUGAGUCUUUUUUUGUUGUUGAGAUAUUUACAAAGGGAAAUUUUGCUUAUUUCUCUCUCUGUUUAACUUUAACUGUUCAUAACUCACCAAAACCUGAACACCACAAUGUAUGAUCCUUCCUUUUGAACCAAUGCCUCUUGUGCACUUUUGUGACUCCUGUUCAAUAUUGUACAAUAGAACUGACAACUGUUAAAAUCUAGUUUAAUUACAAUGCUGA